AUGGAGCCAGGACCAGAAGACUUUCAACCCUACAUCCAUCCCAUAGGGCCUGAUUUUGGUCUACCGGUGAUGAAAGAUUUCAACCCGCAUUAUGCUCAAUACAUGCCCUCCAGCUUAUCUGACCCAGGCUUCUAUCAGAACAGUCUCGUUUCCGACUUCAGACCUUUGCUCAAGGUUGAUGAAUACAGCGACAUCAUCUACAAUCAAAGACCGCUGAGAGACGAUUGUGUACAUCCUCCCACAACACAGAUCCAACCUGCUGAAAUUGAGCUUCAAUCAUCAUGGCCUCUAUCAACGAGCUAUCCUCUGAUGCUGCAAACCAGCAAUUCCCUAGCACCAACCUCAAAUAUAGGGGGCAUCCCUUUUCUGCACCAGCCGGGAGCUCCCGUCUCGCCACCACAUUCAAAUUAUCAUUUCUUUGAUGAUGCUGCUCUCAGGACGCCUUGGUCAUCGCCUGAAUACAUGCCUUGUGAACCUCUGUCAACUAAUGGAGACGAGGACGAACUGACAGAUGAUAAACCAUAUGCGAAGUUGAUAUGGGAAGCACUGAUGGAAGCUCCCAGAAAACGAAUGAUGCUGAGAGAUAUCUAUGAAUGGUUUCGCCAGAAUACCACCAAAACCCAAGACAAUGCGACAAAUGGGUGGCAAAACAGCAUCAGACACAACUUGUCGAUGAACAAGGCUUUUGAGAACGACAGAGAACAAGGGCGUGGCAAUGCAAGAAAAGCCAACAGCGUCUGGGUUCUGACAGAAGAUGCCAUACAAAAUGGGGUUCAGUCAACUACUAGAUACCGCAAGUCAGGUGGUGGCAAGCGGCCGUUGACCCGCGCGCCUGCAUUGCAACGACAAAGAUCUGGGGCAAGAGGGGGACGAGCUGCUCGUCGGUCUGCAAGAUACAGACGGCAAGCCCAGCUGUGCUUGGAUCAUCCUACGCCGUCUUCGUACAGUCCAGACACCCCGUCAUAUUCAGACAUAAGCGACUGUGGCCUUGACAACCAGGAAUUCCGGCCGGCCUUCAGGAGUUGCCCUUUGACCCCGUUGGAAGGACACGCCCAGCUGGCGCAUGACGCCACUCAUCACAUGCACCUACACACAUGGAAUCCAGUGGAUUUGGAUUUACAUCACACUGGUAACGGUGCCGAAAACACUGCGCAUAUGCAGAAUCCACUGCUAAGCCCAAGGGACAAUCAGUACAUGGGCUGCAUGGGGGAUGUACAGAUGAGCGAGAUUUGA